CGAUUGUAAUUCACAAAUGAUGCAUCAAGAGCAGCCAUUGGAAUUGUGCAUGACAAGAAACAUAUAUUAUCAUUGUAAAAUUAUACUUUAAGCCUUCAAAUUAACACCAAUAUUAUAAAAGAUCAAAAAAUGACUUUUUGUUAAAAGAUAUCCAUAAAAGGACCACCGAGGCCCUCUCCAACGCACCACCAUGUCCGAGAAAACUUCCGUCACUGGCACGUCAUCAUCCUCACCGACUCCCCACUUGGCGUUCACGACUAUAUCAAACGUCAAGCUCCAUGUGCCGAUCCUUCUCAGCUUCUCCGAGCCCAAUUACAAGAAGUGGAGCCAGCUCUUCCUCCACCUCAUCCGCCGGUUCUCCCUCGGCGACUUCCUCACUGGAAAGUCGUCCCCGUCAAGCGCCGAUGACGCCGAAUGGUUUCAACUCGACGCCCUUAUUCAAGGUUGGAUCCUAUCUACGGUGAAUGAUGAAGUUUGUGAUCUCGUGCUCUCCACCACCGAUUCGGCCUCGGAAUUAUGGAAAUCAAUCUACAAUCUCUUCCACGACAACAAAGCGGCCCGAGCGAUGCAACUAGAGCACCAAUUCCGCACAACCACGAAGGGUUCUCUCUCUAUGGCCGCCUAUUGCCAAACUCUUCGCAACCUCGCGGAUUGGUUGAAUGAUGUGGACGCCUCUGUCUCCGAACACCAACUCGUUCUCCAAGUUCUCUGUGGUCUCCCGGACGACCUUCGGGCCCAAACAUCGUUCCUUCAAUAUCAAAUGCCGCCCCCGACUUUCCUCCAAACCCGUUCGGCCCUUCUCCUCAUUGAACAACAGCGAGCUGAUUUGGGGACCGGCGGUGUCGCGGGGGAUGGUGGCACGGCCCUAUACGCCGGUAGUGGAGGUCCCAGCAGUGGCGGCUCACGGUGCUACGGUAGUGCCGGUGGAGGACGGGCUGAUUCCAGCGGCGGGGGCGGUCCUGACAGCUUCAGCACAACCAGCAACGCGGUGGACAGCAGCGGGGUCGUGGUCGUGGUCGAAGCUCCAGCCUCUUCCACCGCUUUCCUCACAUGCCUCACUCAGCAGCUUAAGGGGGAGUUUUCCAUGAUGGAUACGGGGGAUCUAAAUUUUUUUCUCGGCAUCAAUGUCCAGCGCACUGGUGGGGGACUCUUUCUUCAUCAGACUCAGUUUGCACACGAGAUCCUUGAGCGGGCUGACAUGCUUCACUGUAAGCCUAUCUCCACCCCGGUCGACACCAAGACGAAGCUGUCAGCCAUGUCCGGCACACCACUUCCGGACCCCACCAUCUACAGAUCCAUUGUCGGGGCCUUACACUAUCUGACAUUCACCCGUCCCGAUCUCACCUAUGUCGUACAGCAGCUCUGUCUUCAUCUCCAUGCCCCCCGCAGCUCUCAUCUCACGGCUUUGAAAAGGGUCCUGCGCUACAUCCACGGCACCGCCACCCAUGGUAUGCACAUAUGUCUACUGAAAUAUGGUGUCCACACUCUUUCAUCAAAUGUUGCAAGGUUUUCACAGAUACAGCUCCACUUGAUUGCUAAUUUCCGCCUGGUGUACCAGGCCAUGCUUGUUGCAGCCUAAUUCCUCGCCGUCGCCAAAGGCAUCCGCGACCGCCGGACUGCAUCACACACCGUCCCAGGUCUGCCGCUACUUGCAUCUCAAUCCCAAUCGUCAUAGCCUUGCCACCGCCGUGGGCACCUCCAUCCCAGCCGUUAAAACCUUGCCGCCGCCUUCCCGGGGCUUCCGCCGGUUCCUCCAUCUCAAUUGAAGAGCGAUCGGAAUUGAGGAGCAGAGCAGAUCGGAAGUGAAGGGCAGCUGCCUACCGCGAUAAUUCGCAGAUUCGGCGGUCAUAUAAAUUGCACUGUUAAGAGGGGAAUCAAGAUCUCAUUAGAGUUUAUGAUGUUCUUGAAUAUGCCUUGUCGAUUAUGCUUAGAUAAAUUCUUGUAGUGGCAUCUGCUCAAAUAUUCAUUUCUGAAGGAUCUAAAUCUAUUUGUAAGUCGUCAACCGGUUGCAAGUCCUUGGAACAACAAGCUGGUCAACGGAUUCGUGGAAGAGGGCUUUUGAAAGGCAGUAUGGUGGGUGAAGAUUGUCUUCACAGCUUCAGGGUCAUUAACAAAUAUCAUCGGGUUCGGUCCGAGCCACACGAAUGAAUUCUCACCUAUAAAUAAAAAUCCCACGUCAAGAAUACAACAACAACAACAAUGUAAAAGCCGGUGGAUCAUUUAACAAAACUUGCCGUGUUUUCGGAUGGAAUCAAUGUGAAAGGGAAUGAUUCUAGAGGAAAUGUCAUGUGAGAUAUUCAUAGGCUUGGACUUGGCUUCUUUGAUGCUCUUGACAAACUCCUUUUGGUCUCCAAAGAUGAACUUGUAGGGGUUCCCCUUAAGGCCCUGUUCUUUAAGGCAUGCCUGCAGUUUUCUUGGCCUAAUCCAACCCCAGUUUACUACUCUCCAUAUGCAUACCAAGAAUACUGCAGAAAAAGGAACAGCUAACAUGACACCAAACACCAUCUUGUAUUAAACUGCAAUGAAUUGAGAUGGAUGAUGGCCCCCUUUUAUAGUUGGAAAGAGCUUGGCAAACACACAAAAUAUAUGUUUGAAGUGUCAAGUGUGUGUGAUUUCAAAAGGGGUGGUCAGUAGUUGGG